UAAAAAUGUUGCGCCUUUUUGUUUCCUUUCCCCUCUGGAAACGUGGUGACCGGCACGGAUCACCGCCGCGGGCGGAGCCAAACGCCAAGUGCGUGACUUAGUUACAGCAACCAGUUGUUUACAAGCGCAGGUUAGCAACCAAGACAAGGACGGAGAACCGGCGGCAGUCACAACACCGAGCAAACCCCGCUCCAAAAGUUUGUGUCCUCGCAAGCCGGCCGUCUCCUUGUUCAUCUAACGCGAAUUUCCAACCAUCUGGACUCCUCCCGCUCCGACAUCACGUCCUUACUCCGAAAUCGUUCCUCUUGAAUGAGAAUGGAGACAGCAGAUCCCUCUUUAGUGGACCAGAUGACCAGGUUAAAACUAAAACUGUUGGAAAAGAAACUGGAGAAUGAACGGGAAAUCUUGGAUGGCCACUCAGACACAGCAGAAUCCACUGCACGGAGUUUUGAUGGACAGGGAGAUGCACUGCACAACGCGCUGAAGCGGAAAAAAGGCUUGCUCCAAAAACUAAGGGAGCAGCACAUGCUGGAUGAGUCCUCCAGGCCCCACACCUGGGGAGGGACCCGGAGACGAUACCCUCGCCUGGAACCCAUUCAGCAGGCACCACCGAUUCAUGUCUACCACCAGCCUCCGCCGGAGCAGCCUCGGAUUAUCCAACACCCGUACCCCCAGCAACCGGCAACGAUCAUACAGCAGUUACCGCAGCAACAGCCGCUCAUCACGCAGAUCCCGCCCCCACAGGCCCUGCCUCCAAUCAGGUCCGGCAGCAUCAAGGAGGAUAUGGUUGAACUGAUGUUAAUGCAAAAUGCCCAAAUGCAUCAGAUCAUAAUGCAUAAUAUGAUGUUGAAGGCACUACCCCCAAUGGCAUAUUCCCAACCUGGAGCUUCUCCCGCCAAUCCUGUGGUCUCCCAUGGACAGGAUAUUCACUCAGCUGUGCCACUUAUAGUGAAAGCAGAGAAGCCUCGUCCAUCUUCAGUGCACCAUCAUCAUCACUACUCUUCCCAAGGGCAACCCACAGCACAUCCACCUCCUCUCCCACCUAUAGGACACCCACUGUGGACAUCAAUGCUACCUUCCCACCCUGUGGCACAUCACAACAGCCUGCAACCUUCGGUCCAACACAUGAUGGGUCCCACAGUGACACUUCCUACCUUACAAACGGAGUUAGCGGAUGGGAAUUCCUCCCGGAUGCCUCCUGGGUUAUAAGUGCAGAAUGAUACCAACCGGAAGCUCAGGAAUGCUGUGAGUAACUUAACUCAACUUGACUCAGUUCAACUUAGUCCAGCCAACAACUUAACCUCUUUGAAUAUGAGUUCAGAUCACAAUCCAACAGUUGGAGUGCGGACCUUCAGAACCAUAUUAAUGGAGAUU